AUGACUCCAGAACUCGCUGCUGCAGCCAAAGCACUCAGCUCGGCUUUCAAGGUCGGCCAGCACUGCUGGCAAUACGUCGCCGACGUGAUAGAUGCCCCCAAGGUGAUCUUGAGCAUCAAGGACGAGAUUCUAGAUGUUCAACGCAUCCUACAGCCUCUCCAAGCGUUCAUCUUGACCGACACCAGCCAGGAAAGCAAGCAUGGACUACUAGACGCUCUCAUCAGAUGCCAGGAAAUCCUUCUUUCUCUUGAACAGCUCGUGGAGCCCUCGGAAAUCAUACAGGACGACGCGUUCUCGACCACAUCACCGUCUUUCAAGCGCAAAUACCUGUCUUUUGGCUACCCGAUGGAAACAGAUGAGCGCAAUAGAUCGCCUACAAAAUCCCGCCACUAUGUGUUCGGCCGGGCGAGUUGUCGAUCAGAAGAUGAGACUACCCAUCGUCCCUCCUCUCCUCAGGCAAGCAGCCCUACUAGCUUGACAUCCCCCCACUACAGGGCCCAUGACGAGAAGUCCCCUCUGAUGCCGGGACAAUCACCGGGCAAGCAGAAGCGCAUGGUCUCGCGCACGGAGAGGUGGAAGUGGCCGCUGCUCGACCAAUCGAAAGCAGACAAGUUGCUCAGGCAACUAAAGACACAAAAGGACCAACUCGCCUUGUGGCUGGGAACCGACAACCCACUCAACCUCGGCGAAAUGAGGAAGGAGAUCCAAGCGGUCGAAGCAACGUUGGACGGUGAGAGCUCACCGCAUGUCCAGCACAAUGCUACAAGGAUAAGCGCGCUUGCCUUUGCAUGGCUCAAACCCAACAUCGACCUGCACGAGUACCACGCAGAGCAGCGCGACAAGCAGGAGGAUGAAACGUGUGACUGGAUAGUCAAAUCUGAGCUGUGGAGCGACUGGCUUGCUGGGGGUUCAACAGACCCCGAUCCGGAUGCUAAUCGGCGGUUUGUGUGGAUUUCUGGCCUUCCCGGCGCUGGAAAGACCGUACUCGUGUCGUUUCUGAUCGACGCUGUUGCAUUGGCUUGCCAGUCUACGGGUUUCUCUUACUACUACUGCUUCAACGGCCGGAACCAAGACGAAACCAGCUCUCUACUGCGAUAG